AAAAGUCGUUAAUUCUGUUGCUCGACAACCUCGUAAGAGCUGGCAGAUAAAUUGGGCCCAGAUGUUUUUAGUAUAGUCGUUUAUCCUGAGGAAACGCCAACUUUGUCACCUUUCUAUUCUUGUUGUUUUAAGGAUAGACCAUUCUCUUCUGUGUCCUGUGUUUAUAAAGAAGAAGGACCAGAGUUUCUUUGCUCUCUCUCUCUUUCUCUCUAGGUUUUGCCGCCAUGGAAGCUCGAAUGGAGCAAAAUGGCUAUCUGUCCGUCCCCCAGUUCGGGGGGUGGGAUCAUAAGGCCCCGGGAGCAACCGAUUAUUCCAUGGUGUUCUCUCGCGCCCGCGCAAACAGGAAGCAACACAAGAGGGAGAUCAGCCGCGCGAGCCUUGGCAACGAGAAAGAGUUGAUGGCCGCCUAUCAUCAGGACGACCCGAUCAUGGUAAGGCACCCUCCAGUUCCGAACUAUGCAAAACUGUGCCCCCGUCGAUGCUCUUAGCAUGCUAACUAGUACUGUAUCAUCGAUACUCUUUGGCAAAGUGAUCUUCAUUCAGUGAAACGGGGAACUCCGUCACAUUUCAUGUCGGUAUCUCCUCAGUCAGAUGCACACCGACCUUAAUUGACGGGGCAGCACUUUCACUAGCAAUAACUAGUUGCAAUACGUUCUUCUUGAAGAGAAACAGGCGCGAUAACAUGCU